AUGGCUAUUGGAUUACCCGGUAAUCUUGCUAAGCAGAUUCUUCGCCGGUCAGGAUCUGGAUCAAACAAAGCAACUUCAAGGUUUCCGGAUGUGCCCAAAGGUUUCCUAGCAGUGUAUGUUGGGGAGACACAGAAGAAACGGUUUGUAGUUCCAGUAUCCUACUUGAGCCAGCCUCUGUUUCAGGAUCUGUUGAGCAUGGCAGAAGAGGAAUUUGGCUUUGAUCAUCCAAUGGGUGGCUUGACAAUCCCCUGCAAUGUGCCUAAAGGUUUCCUAGCGGUGUAUGUUGGGGAGACCCAGAAGAAGCGACUUGUAGUUCCUGUAUCUUAUUUGAGCCAGCCUUCAUUUCAAGAUUUAUUAAGCAUGGCUGAAGAAGAAUUUGGGUUCGAUCAUCCAAUGGGUGGCUUGACAAUUCCCUGCAGUGAAGAAACGUUUACUCAUGUGACCUCCGGAUUGAGCAGAUCAUAA